CUUGCUGCAGCGCGCGCCGCAGCCAAGCGCCACCUAAUGCCCCCACAUUUACGCAAGCACGCGCGCGCAAACAUGCACACACACACAUUCCACCAGUGAUUGCUCUUGCAGCGUCUUGAGUCAUACGUGCGUUUGGAUGUAGCAGUGAGGCUCCGCGCAGCGAUGGUGUGAGUGAGGAGACGCUACAGACAACUUGAGUUAACAUGAGACCAGUUACACAGAGAUGUUAACGCCGUCUAGUUAGCGAUAACUCAGUGGCAAUGGGGAUCUAAAGGAGAGUCGAGGGCUCUCCUCUCAGGGACAGACUUCUGCAGCCCUUUGCUGACCACUGGCCUGCCUGGCAUCCUUCAUCCAUAUCAUUUCUCUUUUCAUCCUCCCAUUCAUUCUCCCUGUCAUGAAAGGCCUGUCAAGUAGUCGGAGUCACCAUCACGUGGUCUCCUAUGAACCCUCGUAUGAUCCACUGGGCCACCAUGUUGACCGCAAGCCAUAUUUGAUCAGUCAGAUGGACAUGCCCGUGCCCGUCCCAAUCCCACAUCCAUCUGAGCUGCCGUACUACAAUGCUCAGCGCACCUCGUACCCUUCUGACACCAACAGCAUCGUCCCAUAUGGAACCUUCCCAAGGAGGUGUCACUCAACCUCCUCAUCUCACCAUCCUGAGGUAAAGGAUGAGUGUAUGGCCAUGGUUCCAUAUGUAGGAGGAGGAGGAGGAGGAGGAGGAGGAGGAGGCUAUGGAGGUAAAACGCCCACCCGGGUACCAGCACACUUUGCGGACCCGUUUGAGCGUCAGCCUUCAUUUUCCAGAGAUGGCUACCACACACUGCAGUACAAACGAGGAGUGCUGGCCCACAGUGGGGGGCUGGGGGCCAACAACAACAACAAUGACAGCCCAGGGAGAAUUCGUCACCUGGUCCACUCAGUCCAGAAACUCUUCACCAAGUCACACUCACUGGAGGGUCCACACCACACACAGUCCUCUAAAGGGGGCAAAAAUGGGAGCAUUAAUGGUGGUGAUGGUGGAGGAGGAGGAGGAGGUGGUGGUGGUUCACGGGCCAGCACAGAAGGUGAAACUCCACCAGUGGGAGUGCGCCAUCGGAAGCGCAGCAAGAGCCGCGAGCGCUGUCGUUCAGCCGAGCCCAAGCAUCGCAGCCACCACCACCACCAGCUACACGGCUCCGCAUCUGCUCCGGGCUCCGGAUACUGGAGCUCAGAUGACAACCUGGAACGGGAGCUGUGUCUCUACCACCCUCACCACCACCAACCUCCACCCUCACCCGCGCCCUCCAUUUCCCCUUCACCCAUUGCCAUGACAAUGGGCCGGUACCCCAGCAACAACCCUGACAAGUUUCCCCAGACUCCCCUUCCCAGUCUCUCCUCCUCACAGUCCCAGCAGUACUUCAUGAUGGACCCUUACAGCACUCUCAGUGAGCACACACACACUCAUGCACACCAUGGCCAUACACACCACCAUUCUGCACUCAAAGUCUCCCGGAGCAGCAACGAUGUGAAGUAUUCAGCGCCAUCGUCGGCAUGUGUGCCAGUUAGUGGUAGCAGCAAUAACAGCGGUGGAGGUAUCGGUGGAGGAAGUGGUCCCUUGCUGCCGCUGGGUCUUGUGGACGGGCCCCUUGUGAAGAAAGGGGCGUGGUCAUCAAGCCUAAUGGUGAGCAGGGCCCAAGAGGUCUACACCAACACCAGCCACAGCCAGCUACGAGCCAGCGCAGGAUCCGGUAACCUAAACCUAGAUAGAGCUCUAGUCAAAUCUAAGGGCAGUCAGCAGCAGGAGCGCUCUUGCCAUUUCUUACAGGUGCCGCAGGAUGAGUGGAGCGGCUUCUCUCCUCUUGGAAAGGAGGACGACAUCCCCUGUCGGCGGAUGAGAAGUGGCAGCUAUGUCAAAGCCAUGGCUGAGGAUGACAGCGGAGACUCUGAUGGGAGUCCCAAACCGUCCCCCAAGAUGCAGGCACGUCGGGCCAGCUACCUGAAAGCCACACAGCCGUCACUGACCGAGAUGACCACUCUACAGAUUUCCACGGAGCACUCUCCCAAACUGCAGAUCCGGAGCCACAGUUACCUACGUGCGGUGAGUGAGGUUUCAAUCAAUAGAAGCCUGGACACCCUGGACCCCAAAACCUUGCUCGACCCCAAAUCACUGCUGUCCUCACCCCAAUAUCGUUCUCGCAAUGAAAGCUACAUGAGGGCCAUGAGCACCAUCAGUCAGCUGAGUGAGUUGGAGGUGAAUGGGCAGAUUGAGCAGGUGUGUGAGCAGGUUUAUAGUGCCCUACAGUCCCAGGCCAUGGAGACUGCUAUGGAUAGCAUGGAUACCAUGGACACACUGCCAAUGCCAGGAUGCUUCCGGAUGCGGAGUCACAGCUAUGUGAGGGCGAUUGACCAAGGCUGUGCUGGGGAGGAGGAAGGAGAAGGAGGGAGACCGCUGCUCCUGCUGCCCUCCUCCCCACCGCGCACAUCUGCCACAACCGUCAGGACCAUCCAGAGCAGCACAGUUUCAUCUUGCAUCACCACUUACAAGAAAACCCCUCCACCAGUGCCACCCCGAACCUCCACGUGCUCCACAGCCUCCAAGCCCUACAUCUCCAUUACAGCUCAGAGCAGCACAGAGUCCGCACAGGAUGCAUACAUGGAGGAGGAGGGACCCAGAGGUGACAUGACCAUCCAGUCUGGGUUGAGCAACUCUACAGAAAGCAUUGACAGCAUGAAGGCCUUGACUGCUGCUAUAGAAGCAGCUAAUGCACAGGUCCAUGGACCAGCCAGUCAGCAUGUCAAUAACAGCACCAUGACAGUCAGCACCCCCCACUCAUCAGUCCUGAGCAGGGGGCCACUUGUUGAAGACCACCAGGACGAAUACAGGAAAGAAGUGCUCAGGAAGGGCAAAUGUCUCUCUAUAGGCAUCCAGGUGGAUGGACCAGAGGAGGUUCCUGAUUCAGAGGACCCAUCUAAGUUUACGUCUGUAGGUGUUCAAGUGGAGGAUGACAGAGGGUAUCGUCGGUUCCAGCGCUCCAACAGUGUUACAGCAGCUGUACAGGCAGAUCUGGACAUGCCCGACUUGCUGGACACCCCUCUUGACUCCCUUGAGACUGAUAUGGAGGUCCUUUCAUCUAGUGCCCUCGCUAGACAAUACUCCCGCGAUGCCGCCACCUCCACUGUCAGCAUCCAGGGAUCAGGGAACCACUACCAUGCCUGUGCCUCCGAUGAAUAUGAAGAUGUGGGCUUCGACCCGUCCAUCCUUCCUCCUCCAGACCCUUGGAUAGACAGUGUAACAGAUGACUCACUUGAUGUCAACUUUAACAGCUCUUCUAUUCUAGAGGUGGUACAGCGGUCAGUGUGUCAGAGAGAUGGGCGCUGGUUCCUGAAGCUGCUGCAGGCUGAAACUGACCGCAUGGAGGGCUGGUGUCGACAGAUGGAACUUGACCAACGAGAGAAUGACUUGCCUGAAGACAUCCUGGGGAAGAUGAGGAGCGCCGUAGGAAGUGCUCAGCUCCUGAUGUCGCAGAAGUUCCAGCAGUUCAGGGAGUUGUGUGAGGAGAACCUGAACCCAAAUGCCCACCCUCGACCUGUGGCCUCUGACCUGGCAGGGUUUUGGGACAUGCUCCAGCUGUCGAUCGAGAACAUUAGCCUGAAGUUUGAUGAGCUUCACCAGCUCAGAGCCAAUAACUGGAGACCUCUAGAUCCACCUGAAAGAAAGGAGAGGAGGCUCCCGCCUCCAGUGCCAAAAAAGCCACCCAAGGGGCCCCACCACCACCACCCUCCUCUGACCAGAGACCGUUCACUGGAAAGCUCAGAGAAACAGCGGCAGGAGGCCCGGAAGCGUCUGAUGGCGGCCAAGAGAGCUGCGUCUGUGCGACAGAACUCAGCAACAGAGAGCGCAGACAGCAUUGAGAUCUACAUCCCCGAGGCUCAAACACGGCUAUAAGGAUGCUAGCAGGAACACACACAGGCUCACAAUAACAGAAUGGGUUCCCUGGCCUGGAUUAGUUUGCCCCACCACGAUAGAAAACCAAGCCAAACAACUGUCCACGUCACAAUAGGUUGCUUUUAUGAGAACAUUAUUCAGAUAAUCUGCUUUUAACAAAAACACAGACAUGACUGAAAUCAUUGAAUUUGUUUAUUUAGUCAGUGAUUCUUGUCACUACAGACAUUUCUCAUGUCUCCAGUCCCAGUUUUUAAAGACAGUCAUGCAAGAUCACACUAACCACUCUGAACUUCUCCUUCUUUAUGUCGGCCUCAUUUCUACUGUAGGCUGGGUUUAGCGUGAGUCUGUAAUGUGUUUCUAAAACACGUUUUAGCUUGUUUACUUUGUCCAAAUCCUCUUGAAAUCAUCCUGAUAGCCAAAAAUAAAUAAAUAAAUAAAUAAAUGAAGUUGUAUGGGGAAAUCCUUACUUGACCUCCUCCCAAUGAGGAUGGGGGACUUCUUCCACUGAUGAGCUGUAAUAAACACAGCCAGUCAUUUUGUGUUGAUCAGUUCUCACUCUCCAACCUCCCGACUUUUGGUUCAUUAUGAUAAGAAUCCUCCGCUCUGCUUCAGGCAGUGUAUGUUUUGAGUGCAGAUAGGACAACUUAUUUAUUUAUGUAUUUAUUUAUUUAUGGGUGGCUAUCUGUAACACAAAAAAAGUGUGACCCGAAACAAAUUGUGGACUCAAUCUCUUUUUAGCAAGAGAAUUCAAAUGCAAAUCAUGUUUUACUUUAUUAAGAAUAAUUUAGAAAUAACCUCACGUGGGACUGUUUCCUUCCCGCUGUUACACCAACAGAGACAGCACAAGGCAGAGGACACAAUCAUGAUCAAUGUGACUAAUUUAAAAAUCAAUAAAUGACAAUCUUGUGAAUUAAACACACACAAAACACAACAAAUAUUAAAUAAUGUAAGUUAAUUCAUCCCUCAAUACAGAUCCUAGUGACUGUACAUGUCAGUGAGGGGCUUUUGUUGACCAUGACCUGUAAGAACUGACCAAACCUUACUAUCUGUCUGUCUGUCUGUCUGUCUAUCUAUCCAUCUAUCUAUCUAUCUGUCUGUCUGUCUGUCUGUCCGUCCGUCUGUCCGUCCAUCCAUCCAUCUAUCCAUCCAUCCAUCUAACUAUCUAUGCAUACAAACAUUUUUUAAUUAAGGUAUAGACACACACACACACACACACACACACACACACAUUGACACACAAAACCACCAACAACCAACACAUUUCAGACUGCUUACUGUAAUGACAUCAUGUUGAGAUCUGAUCCGUACACUUCAAAGCUCUUGGACACUCAGUUCAGAGCUCUUUGUCUUGGUUUGAGGUUCUUCAACACAGAUUAUCUGGAGCUCCUCUCUGGAGAGGAGGGGGUAAGGAAAUGUGACGAAGAACCAUGAGGUUCUUGAUGUUCUUGAUCUCUCGGUUCUUCAUGAAUAACUGAGAGAAAGGACUGAACAGUGAUCCAAAAGGAUCAAGGAAUGAGGAGAGAAUAGGGAUGAAAACGGAGGGUGUUGAAGAACUGUGAUUUUGGUCUUCUUAUUCAACUUAUUGAACUUAUUGAGGAAGAAGAAAAAGAGGGAGAAUGAGAAUGAGAAUGAAGGACAACUUUGAUCUGUGUUUAAGAACUUCAAACUGUGAUUGGAAACUUCAAACUGUGGGGGCAGCAUUGCACCUCUUUGUGUACGGCCUGCCAUAACUUAUUAUGUGUAUUAUUAUUAUUGUUAUUAUUAAUAAUAAUAAAUAUGAAAUAUUAUUAUUAAUAAAGCAUUUUGAUACCAGGUAUAAACAGGGUGAUAGUCUGUGGUCAUAGAUCCCAACAACCAUUCACACGGCAUCACAGGUUUAGUCACAUCUUACAGGACAUGGUCUGACUUUUAUUUGAUUGUAAGGCUGUUUUGUGGGGGUUCAUGAAGUGAUGGACAAUCAAAACACACACAAAUACUCACAGGUAUUACAACUCCUUCAGGUCUCCAACACCUCAGUCUCUUAUAAAAUAUCUCUCUUUCGUUUGUGUCCAUCCAUUUUUUUUCUUUCUUUUUUUAUCAAACCGAGGAACUUCUCGUUAUCACCAACUGUGAAUUCAACGCCAUAAAAAUGUGGAAGUGACUUUAAAGGAAAAUUCUGUGUUUUUUUUACAUUUUAGUUGAAGUUUAGGGAGCGUCACACACAGGGACAGUUACACAGAUUUGUUUCAAGCUUUAUUGACCGAUCUACAGUAUAUCAAAGCAGUGUCUCACCUUAUAAUGACCAAAACAACACAAAUACACAAUGAAUACGUUGUAAAGCAUUUACUUUUCUUUGAACUCUCCUUGUGUAACAUAUAAAACCACAAAGUGAGAUUACCAAGUGCUGAUAGUCUCAGAGAGAGUUGUUUCAGUGAGAAGAGGAGAUGUGAGAAAUGAACUGUUUGUAUCAUCGGUUACAUUUUCACCAAUUUGUCUUGUACAGGGUAUAAUUACACUUAAGCAAUACUGAGUGGGGAAGUGGCCUUUAUGGACGUUUUUAGAGAUGUAACAUUAUUUAUAAAUGAUGAGCUGGUAUCAGACAGAUAGAGUCAAAGAUGCAGUGUAGUGUUAUUCACAUGGAUUUUUUUUUUUAUUUCAAGACAACCUGUAGUAGUAAAAACUAGAGCUUCCAUCGUCUUUCCAGAUCAAAGUGACAGGCAGUCAAGGUCUGUUUUUAGUAUUACUGAUACCUGAUAUUUCCACAUGUGUCCAUAGCUGCACAAGCAUGACACUAAGUUAACCUACACUGCAUUUUUCACCAAUUGACCAGAACAGCUGACAGAAAGUAAUUACUGUGACACAAUGAUCUCUGAGUGUUAUUACCUGUCUUUUACUUUACUGUACUAGUUUAAAUGUCAGGUUUUUUUUUAACUAUUUUUGACAGCUGACAGAGGGCCUCGUCACAUCAACACCAGCAGCAGCGCAUCAUUGUGAUACAAGCUGAACGCUUGACCAUGAACCAUUUAGAAGCUGCUGACCUAAACUCAGCUCUGGACUCUGGACCAUUCUACAUUUCACACAUGUAUCCUACCUGUGACGUCUCUGACCACCAUACGUGCAGAGAGAUGGAAACAUCUGUUUAAGUUUAAGAAUCUGAAACAUUAUACUAAACAUGUGUUUUCAGUCGUCACUAAAAAUAAUCCGGACACAUAUUGUCCCACACCUGGAUUACUCAACAUUCACAGAUUAGGAUGUGUUAAACAACAAUCUGUAUUUUAUCAUUUUUUCCCGCGGUUUGCAGAAAAGUAAAAUAGCAACAUUGUCUGUGAGUCCAGGCUGGGCAUCGUCAUCCUUCCUCAUCCGUCAGAAAACUCUGUGCAACUUUAAGAGAUGUUUUCAAAAAAAUCAGCUGAAAACAGUGAACAAGUAUGAGAUUUCUCUUCAGAUGACUUAGAUUAAGUGGGAAACAGUCAAAAGUGUCAGUGUGACCAGGCUCUCAGUUACACAGAACUCCUGUGAGGAGUGAGUCAUCUUCUCAGUGUGUGCUGGUACUACCCCCCCCCCCCCCCCUCCC